ACAAAACUCGGAAGGAUGCAAGAAACGUAGACAAUGAGGAAGAAACAGAGCAGCCACCAUGCUCUCUCAUUCAUGGAUAAAACCUCUCUGUAGCAGAGGUAAUUUAUUGUUUGUUUUAUCACUUGGCCGCCGUGCAACUAUGUUUCAUUCUUGUUCUGCUUUACAUUCUUCAUUUCAAGAAAAGCCGUCGAUUUCUAAAAAGCGUAAAGUUGCUGUUUUUAGGGAGUUGAGACAUGUAAAUAAUUUAAACGAUGCUGUUUGCGUUUUUCAUCAAAUGGUCCGAACACAACCUAUUCCUUCGGUUAUUGAGUUUGCAAAAUUGUUUAGGGUGAUGAUUAACAUGAAACAUUACUCUGCCGUUGUUUCAUAUUUUAGAGAGAUGAGGAAACUGGGGAUAUCCUUUGAUGAUUAUAUCUUGACUAUUGUGAUUAAUUGUUUUUGCUUGUUGGAUCGUGCUGAACAUGGGUUUUCGGUUCUGGGUAUUUUCUUCAAGAGUGGUGUUCAGUUUAACGUGGUUACUUUCAGCACUCUUACGAGGGGGCUUUUUGAACAAAAUAAGAUUAAAGAUGCCAUGUGGUUGUUUCAAAAGCUGGUCACUGAGAAAAUUUGUGAGCUUGAUGAAGUUAUGUAUGGUACCGUCAUGAAUGGUCUUUGUAAAAAAGGACAUACUCAAACAGCUCUUAGUUUGCUGAGGAUAAUGGAACAAGGGGAUCCCAAACCUAACACUGUUGUGUAUAGCAUUGUCGUAGAUGCGCUUUGCAAAGAUAAGAUGGUAGGUGCUGCUUUCAACCUUUUCAAUGAAAUGAAACGGAAAGGCAUUACUCCCAACGUACUUACAUAUAGUUCACUGGUUGAUGGUUUGUGUAAGUUGGAUCAGUGGGAAAAGGUUAGACUUCUUCUGGAUGAGAUGAUGUUUCUUCAUAUUUUCCCAAACGUGCACACAUUCAGCAUGUUGGUAGAUGCAUUCUGCAAGAAAGGGAUGGUUGAAGAUGCUGUACAAGUGUUACAGCUAAUGAUACAAAGAGGUCAAAAGCCAGAUGCAAUUACCUACAAUCUGAUAAUGGAAGGGUAUUGUUUGCGCGCUGAAAUAGAUGUAGCAAGGAGAGUUUUUGACUCUAUGAUUGAUUCUGACAUCAAGCCUGACAUCUUUAGUUACAACAUAUUAAUCAAUGGAUAUUGCAAGCAAAAGAAAUUAGACGAAGCUAUGCAUUUAUAUUGUGAAAUCUCGCAAAAGGGGUUAAAAUCUGAUAUUGUUACAUAUUGUACUAUCUUGCAAGGUCUAUUUGAAGUUGGUAGAGUUGAGUGUGCAGAAAGUUUCUUUUCUGAGAUGCAAAACGCAGGCCAUAGUCCCGACAUUUACACUUGUGGUGUAAUGCUUCAUGGUUAUUUAAAGAAUGGACAUGUUGAAAAAGCCAUGUCCCUCUUUCAUAGGUGGGAUAAACAACAAGAAGAUACUAAUAUUUUGAUCUAUAACACAGGCAAUGGUGGAUUUUUUAAAAUUCAGAAGCUUGAUAAAGCUCGUUCAAUUUUUGAUAAGCUUUAUUCCAUAGGGUUGCACCCUGAUGCUAUAACAUACAAUGUAACAGUAAAUGGACUUUGUAUUGAAGGUUUAGUAGAUGAAGCCAAAGAGUUGCUAAGAAAAAUGGAGGACGAUGGUUCUUUCCCUGAGAAUGCCACUUCCAAUCUUAUUAUGCAUGGACUUCUCAAGAGUAAUACAGCUAAUGAAGCGAUUGCUCUUUUGAAGGAAAUUGUUGGAAAGGGUUUCCCAGCUGGUAAAGCCACAAUGUCACUGCUAAUAGAACUACUUUUGUUAAUAGGGGAAGGUCCUUUUUUGGUUAAUAUGAUACCAGAGUUUCAUCCAAGAAAUGAGAAAUGAACUUCUUUUUUCCUCUCGUUAUUGAACUAUUGGAAAGCUUGGCUGCAAUUGGGAAAACCAAAUGAUGAUAGUACUCAAAGAUUACUUAGCUGUCAAAGAUGGAGGGAUUGGAAUAUAGUUGAACAUUGAGACAUCAUGUUAUGGGCUCAAGAUGGAAGGCUUGAAGAGUGCACGAUCAUGUGAGAUUUAAUUUAAAUUUCAUCAUUGUGUUCACCAGCCCAUCGUAGAACCGGUUUCUUGGCAUGCCUUCGGAGUAAUCUCUGUUGGUAAGACACUACCAAGAGAUUCAGUAACAUGAAAGAAAGUGAAAGAGAUGAGUUCCAUAUCGUGGCAUAAAUUCAUCCUAACAUUCAUGAGAAGAUAUGUACCAGCCAAUGAGAGGUAAGUUUUUUACUUUUUCUAAAUUAUGUUAUACAUCAUGCUGUUUAAUACGAUAUGUGGUUUAUCCUGUAUUAAAAACUGUAAUUUCGUAAUAUAUGUAAUUUGAUGAUGAUAGUUAGAUAGUAAGAUAGAGUCAAGAGGGGUUGCUCUGACGGUAAGCAACCUCCACUUCCAACCAAGAGGUUGUGAGUUCGAGUCUCCCCAAGAGCAAGGUGGGAAGUUCUUGGAGGGAAGGAUGCCGGGGGUCUAUUUGGAAACAGCCUCUCUACAUCAGGGUAGGGGUAAGGUCUGCGUAUACACUACCCUACCCAGAUCCCACUAAGUGGGAUCAUACUGGGUUGUUGUUGUUGUUGUUGUAGUUAGAUUGAGACAACCUUUUGUCAACGGACUUACUUGGCCUACUGACAGAAAGUAAACUUCAAUAUGUUUUUGGCUUCUGAUGUUGAGGACUCUAUGAUGGAAUACAUGGUGAGGAUGAAGAGACUGCGGAAGAAACGGAUACUGAGAUGAGGGUAAGGUCUCGGUAUUUUCAGUAAUUAAGCUUUGCUGUCAUUCUUUUGAUUUCUUUGUUCUGUAAUUCUUUGUUGUAGUGAGACCAAUGCGAUUUACUGGAGUUUCGUGAAAGAUUUGACUGCUUAGUAGAGGAAGAAAUAAAUUGUUUUUUUCUUUACAUGAAAGCAGAAGGAAAGUAACAAAUUUCAUGUCUGGUACUCUGUGCUAAUUAUGAAAAAAAUAAUACCCAUUACUUUAUGAAAAAUAUAACACUAGACUUUAGAAUCUCACUUGAUUUCAAUUGGAAUUGGAGAUGACAACUGUGAAAUACCAUGGAGUUAUAUUGACAUAUUAGAGAAAUUCUCAAACAGUCAUAUGGUACAUUGAAGAUGAAAGAUAAAAAUUUGAAGGGAUAACAGGGGAAGAAACUCUAAGAUGUCUUCUUCAGAGUUUAUAAUUUGUAAAAGAAAAUUCCUGUGUUUGACCUCUUUAUUUUUGCAUUUGACAAUGCCACUAUUUGUGUCAUUAGCCAUAUGGAGUAGUAUUUAUUCCUUUUUCAACAUCCAAGUGAAUAUUUUAAAAUCACUGGUAUGGACGCAAGAUUGUUAGUUGGAACCUUAAUUUCUGAAGUCAAUGUGAUACAAUAUUAAACCAUAUUUACAUUACAUGACUUCCAGGGGUAUGGGUAAGGCUGCGUACAUCCUACCCUACCCUGAUCCCACUUGUGGAAUUACUCUGGGUUGUUGUUGUUGUGCUCAGGCCUCUUCAGUUCAUCCAUUAAAGGUUGAUAGUUUUUCUAAGUGGAAGAAAUUCAUAUGUCACGCUUAGGGAUCUCACUGCCAGAACUACUUCUAUGAGGUCUUGCAAGAAGCAACAAAGGUUUUGACAUCUUGUCGUAAACCCUUCCAAAAAAAAAUUAGAAGCUACUCUUUGGAAAGUUCGGGAUAUCCCAGCGUGACCACCAACCGGCGAAGAAUGAAGCUCCUUGAGCAAUUGAAUGCGAAGAGGGGAAUCGGAAGGAAUAACCAAUCUACCGUUAUACAACAGAAGACCAUCUUUAAAGAGGAAAGCAGAAGGAGUCUCUGCCUCCUCAUGAAUACUCUGUUUCCAAGCCAACAACUCAGGAUGAUUCGCAUUUGCUUGCCGUAAAUCCGCUAUUAAAUCAAAGGUGCGACCAGAAAUGGCAUGAAAGGAAGCUGCAGGGGUCCGAGAUAAAGCAUCAGCUGCUAAAUUGGUCUUCCCGGGCUUGUACAAAAUGGGACUGCUGAUCUGUGUGAAUGACAAAACGGCGACCCAACGAAUAUUGACGCCAUUUACUAACAGCCUGUGCAAUUGCGAACAUCUCUCUGUGGUAAGCUGAGGCUUUCUGCAUACGCUGACGCAACUUUUGACUAAAAUAGGCAAUUGGGUGGCCUUGUUGUUAUAAUACUGCACCAGCCCCUAUACCUGAAGCAUCUGUUUCCACAUGAAAUUCUUUAGAGAAAUCGGGCAAAGAUGAGACUGGAGCAGAUCCAAGGGCACUUUUCAAGGCCUCAAAUGCGUGUUGUUGUCGUUCAGUCCAACCAAUGGCAUCCUUUUUCAACAAAUCCGUUAACGGACCAGCCACCGAUGCAUAUUGACGAACGAAACGCCGGUAAUACCCAGCAAGUCCCAAGAAACUACGCACUUCUUUGAUAGACCUGGGAACUGGCCAAUUCUUGAUCACCUCAAUUUUGGCAGGGUCUACAGCCAAUCCUUGAGAAGAUAUGGCAUGGCCCAAGCAAUCAAUCCUCUGUUGUCCAAACAGACAUUUGGAUUGUUUAGCGACUAACUGAUCUCCCGCAGUAGACGAAGAACAACUGCUAGGUGUUCUAGAUGUUGUUCCCAUGUACCACUAUAAACCAAGAUAUCAUAAAAGAAAAACUAGGAGGAAUUUUCUGAGAUGUGGUUUAAAUACUAAGUUCAUAAUUGUCCGUUUGUAAGCGUGACCAUUGAAAAGAUUUCACUCUACGCUAGCUAUUUCAUUUAUAGAGUUAUGGAUUGUU